GUCGAUAAUAUUAUCGGCGCAAAAAAAACUCUUCAACUGAAAUUGAGUUUUUUGUGUCGUGCGGUGGGUUGAUGAAAAUUAGAUUUCUUAAUACCGGGAUAAUUAAUAUUGUUUUUUAUAAUUAGUGUUAAAUAAGAAUUUAAAAGCAUUUAAUUUUAUAAAAAAAAAUGGCUCAAAGUAAAUUGAACGAUUUGGCUGGUAAAUUGGGCAAAGGUGGUCCACCCGGUUUGACCACUGGCUUGAAAGUUUUGGCUGGUUUGGGCGCCUUAGCCUAUGGUGUAAACCAAUCUUUAUAUACCGUUGAUGGUGGUCAUCGUGCUAUUAUCUUCAGCAGAUUGGGUGGCAUUCAAAAUGAUAUUUAUUCCGAAGGUUUACAUUUCCGCAUUCCAUGGUUCCAAUAUCCCAUUAUCUAUGAUAUUCGUUCUCGUCCCCGUAAAAUCUCCUCACCCACUGGUUCCAAGGAUUUGCAAAUGAUUAACAUUUCCUUGCGUGUGUUAUCUCGCCCCGACUCCAUGCGUUUACCCUCCGUACAUCGUAACUUGGGUUUGGAUUAUGAUGAGAAAGUAUUGCCCUCCAUUUGCAAUGAAGUUCUUAAGAGUGUUGUGGCCAAAUUCAAUGCUUCUCAAUUGAUUACCCAACGUGCUCAAGUUUCUCUCUUGAUUCGCAAAGAAUUGGUUGAACGUGCCCGUGAUUUCAACAUUAUUUUGGAUGAUGUUUCUUUAACUGAAUUGAGUUUCGGUAAAGAAUAUACUGCUGCUGUUGAAGCCAAACAGGUUGCUCAACAAGAAGCCCAGCGUGCUGUGUUCUUUGUUGAACGUGCCAAGCAAGAAAAACAACAAAAGAUUGUACAAGCUGAGGGUGAAGCCGAGGCAGCUAAAAUGUUAGGUCUUGCAGUCAAACAGAAUCCAGCUUACUUGAAAUUGCGUAAAUUGCGCGCUGCUCAAAGCAUAGCUAGAACCAUUGCCAACUCACAGAACAAGGUCUACCUCUCGGCCGACAGCUUGAUGUUGAACAUUCAAGAUUCCGCCUUCGAUGAUAUGACUGAAAAAGUCUACAAAAUUGGCGAGAGUUGGUUUGAUGGUCCCACAAAAACUUUAGCAAAAAGCAAAAAAUCUUCAUCGGAAAAAUCAGUAGGUGAUCUUGCUCAUCUCACUGCUAAUCGUUUGGUUUAGUUGUCUUCUCAAUCUAAAGUGUGGAUUGUAUGUCAUGUGUGCCUUUAAAGUUUUAAAGAAAUUUUGCAUUUCCUGAAAUAGCAUCAAGAGUCAAGACUAAUUUUUUUUUAUACAAAUGAAACGAACAUACAAUUUAUAAUUUUAUAAACUGGAAUACAGCACCGUCAUCAUCAUCACAAUUCAGUACCACAAG